AUGGCUCUGGACGGUAUAAUUGAAAUGAGAAAAAUCCUUGACAGGCUUGAAACUGCUAUUCCUGGGCCUUUAGUUACAGAGUGGCUGAAUAAUAUUGCUGAUCCCUCAUUUGGGCUAGUUGAUGAUUUAGUGAAUACAUUCUUAACUAGUGUUCAAGAUAAUGACGUAAGCAAGCACACUGUAAGGAUCUUGAGGCAGUUGAACACUCAUAUCAAAGCUAAAGUGCUUCCUCAGAUACUGGAAAACAAAGUCUUCCCUGAAGCUAUGUAUAAAUAUAUUACCGGCACCAAGCCAGAAGAGGUCUGUCAUGAUGCAUUUUUAUUAUUCACUGCAAUAUAUGGUAAUGAAAACUUCAAAGACCUUAAAGAUGUUCCUAGCUUUAUGCGGGCUUUGUUUGAUGCUUUAGAAUACAUCCAAGAAGAAAACGCUUAUACUGCUGUGGUCAGAAUUUUAAUUUCUAGCUCAAAGGAAUCAGAAGAACUGUUUUUAGAAUUAUGUUCCACACAUAAAAAUGCUAGAUACUUUGGAGAGCUGCUACUACAACUACUCAAUAAAAGUGAAGGUGGAGAAACUAUAAAAUGCUUAGAAUGCUUGAAACUUAUUUUGGAAAGCACUGAAACUCAAGGCUUCUUUUACACGAACGAUUUGAAAUUACUAUGCGACAUCGUAAUUCAGAACCUAGAAAAUCUUUCAGAUUUUCUUCUAAAAGCCAGGUAUUUCGAAGUCCUCAAAGAUAUUGUAAAAAGCAAUGGAUUUUUGCCAUUAAAUCACAGGACUGAAGAAAUAAAAGCAAUAUCAGAAAUUUACGCAAACUCAGAUGUGUCAGAAAUGAGAUCUUAUGCAGAAAUAAUAUUAGACACAAUAAAAAGCAUCACCCAAUCUACUGCUUAA